ACGAUGCGUGCUCAGGCGCUCCUGAGCGCCGCCGGAGCCCCUGUUCAUCUUCCCCUACCGUCUCUCUCUCCCCCAACUUCUCUCCCUCCUUCCCCAUGAUGCGCAGCACCAUUUUUCCUCUCCCUGAUGCUCGCAACCACCCCUGCUCCUGCGUCUGGAGUUCCGCCGUGCCGAGCUCGUCCCGCCGUCCACGGUCGCCGUGAACGCACGGCCGGUGCUCGAUCCCCGGCGAAGCUUGCCCCUGCGCGGCGGCCAUCGCAGCCUGCUCGUCGCCCCCUGCGUGGUGGCCUGCGGCUAGCCAGCGCGCGGCGGCCCGCUAGCGUGGCCUGCUCGCGGCUAGCCUGGCCUAGCCCUGCGCGACGCUUCCCUGCCCGAUGCGGGUCUUUGCAGCGUGGGAAAGUAGGCCUCGCCGUUGGGCCCCACCAGGCGAUCGACAUCCUCGGCCGAGUUUUCCCGUGGCGGUUCCGUUCGUAUGCGCGGUCGUCUCCUUCCGAGGAGGAUGAAGAGGUAACUGCUCUGUGAUUCGAUCUGCAGGAUUCUAUGCGUAGAAUUCCAUGUGGCCUUCUGUGUGGUAGGUGGUCGACCAAUGAGACCGUGACACAUCGGCUAUAAUCCGCAAAAGAUUACUUAUUCAAUAUAAUUCACAUUGUAAAUCCGUUUUGACCCGUUACAGAUUUCAUUAGUUUCGUAAUGAAAUUGUCUAUGUGUUA